UACACAUAUAUAUCUAAGCUUUCUCUUUUUUUUUUGGUGACGUGCACGUCAUUUUUCAUUAUUGUUUUAUGCUGUCGCUUAUUACCUUUUCAGUGACAUACCUUUCCCCAAUAAGGGUAAGCCAUUACAAUUCAAAUUAUAUAAUCCGGUGAAUCGCCUUCAUCGAUUGUAGUGCAUUGCUGCUAAAAUUAUCUUCGCGCGAAGCUAACGACGCAAAAACUGAUUAAACUAUAACCUAUCUUUCGUGCAAAUAAAUAUCAUGCUCACGCGAUCAUCGCGGUCGAAAUUAUUAAAUCCCAAAAAGAAACUCAAGAGUGCCAUAACGGCUCGAUGAAAAUCUAUGUCGCGCAAAGCUAACACCGGUGUUAAUCAUAGCUUAAUUCCUUAUGCAUAUUAAACGAGAAAGAAGCAAAUCGAAGGAAACUUAUUCUAAGAAAAACACGUAUAAUCCAAUAUCCUAAAAUAAUACGCGUGUAGGCGUAGCCCGUAUUAAAAAUGCGCUCUUAGCACUCUCCGUGUUUUCUAAAAACAUUUGGUAACUCUUAUAGAUUUAAUAUUCCUCCGUGGGGUCAAAGUGAUUUACUUUAAGCUUGUAAAUAUGAUUUUUAACUCGCGACAAGUAAAGUGUGUCUUCGAUAUUUGUAGCGAUUUCUGAAUAUACCGACAUUCAAUUUUCAUCACGACUAAUCGAAGACGCGGUUUCUAUUUCGGUCGAUUUCUCUAUUUCUAGUGGUUUGCUCAGCGAAGUACGGCCGGAGCGAGAAAAGCUUUAGAGAAACUCUUGAUUGAAGCCCCUUUUGAUGUGAUACAAUGACUGGAUGAUUUUAAGUUUUUUAAAUAGUUAUAAUACAGAGGAUUAUUUAUAACGAAAUUAUGCGUUUCGAUACACUUUUAGAAUUUCCGUCUUUAAAUACGAUUGUCUAAAGUAACAGGCUGAUAAGCAAAGUGCAUUAGAUAGCCUACUAUUACGCCACUCCACGAUUUCGACGGAGACAGCGUUCAAACGUCAUACAAAGACAGGCUCGAUGAUAAAUCGACGAUUUACUUGAAUAGUCAGACGGCGUCGUUUCCACAGAGAAAUUCGAUCGUAUCAAAUCUGUUUUGUUUUUUUUUACACCGUCCGUUGUCAGCCCCAAAUUCGGUUCGUAAGGCGCUACGUCUCGCGGCAAUCGAGGGAUGACGAACCGAUGAGAAUUCCGAUCGUAUAGAUCAUAGUUUCACAAAGUAGCAAGAAUGUUCGAAAUGCCGUCGCGAGGAAGAACGGCGGAGUCGAUUUCCAAAAAUCCCUGUAUUCAAAGUCGAUGUAUUCUUGGAGAGGAUAGUCAGUGAAACGUCACGUGACAUUGUAGGAGAGCACCUCCUCCUCAUCGCGGCUAUUUAAGAUGAACCCGCGAUUCGCGCCGAAUCAGAAGUCGACUCGGAUGAUACCGGAAUCGUCUGGUGAUCUACGAGUAAUUAAUCGAAGUCCACGUUCCACAUAAAGUACGCUAUUCCCGCGUUGUGAAUUUUUUGUGUGAACUCCGGGAUUUCUCCGGUCGGGAGUGGAAUCUUUGCGUCCUCAUUUAUAGCUUAUUAAUAUCUUACCUUAAAUGGGCUUUCAGUACAAGUUUUUAGCUAUAAGGAGAUUGUAAUGUAUCGAUAAUCUUAAGAUUACUUAAUAGUAAUUAUUUGCCUUAUCAAGCAUCGUUUUUUGGAUCUAGACCCAAAUGUAUGCUUAUUAGUACGAAAUAUUUUGUGCGAUUCUAUAUAUUCGAGCAAGAUUGAUUUGAGAUAAUCUUAAGUUAACGGUCCUUAUGUCCUCGCACCCACCUAUCCAACGACAAGAGCGGUCAUUGAAAACGCGUGCCCUUAAUUCUGGAAGAAGGGAAGAGUAAGGAAUUUAACCGCGAGUCAUUUGCGAUAUCCGGAUCUUUAAUAGUCGUAUUGCAUUUGGUAAAUCGCGCGUUUCGAACGCGUAUGAGGUACAAGGCUUUACAGUUGCGGUGGGCGUGUGAUUCUAAACUAGUCCCUGCGCUAUCUGAUUGAUCCUGCGCUAUCGUUGUUCCAUCGCCUAAGUUGGUCGAUACUCAAUUUCCGACGGUCUGUCGGCCCAAGAUUGAGCUUUCACUUAAACUCUCUGCUUGAUCUUAUGCGAACGGACUAGCUUCUUACGGUUCCGCGCUGCUGCUUAUAACUUACGACUAGUCUUAACUUUAUUAUCGUGUUUUCGUUAUCUUUUCGAGUGUUGAGUCGUGAAACCGAUUUGUAUAUACGAGCUAUCAGUAAUCUCUCCGAUAUCUAUGUCGCGCAAAUGCUACUUUGCGUUGUUCGUCCACCUUGUGGAAUUAUACGAAUUAAAUGACGUUAUUUGAAUCUUUGAAUCUGCUUACGCGAAAUUUCUCUAUCGUCCCGCAAGGGAAGUUGUAAUUACAAUUGUGUUCAAAAUCGCCUCAUCUACAUUACGUGAUUCAAAAUUAAGAUCCGCGUUAAGAUCUAUUUUUUUUUAUAUACAGAUUUACCCAGUCUGUCGAAUGGAAGAAUUCAAGUGUGAGUGAAAAAGAGCUUCUCGCUUAUAUUAGAUUUUAACGAAGGGGAGUUUUUAAACCUACAGCACGGUGUGAAUUCACAGUGUGAAUUAAUGGAUUUUCGAUUGACGCAUUUUUAUGUUGUCCUAAAAACUAUUGAUUAAUCGAUAUAUUUAGGUAGACGAUUUACCACUUAGACUUUGUGUAAGCAACUCUUGACGAGUCAAGAAGAUGUGCAAUAUUUGAUGUGUGCUUAUUGUAACCUUUUAUUAAUGCGUAUUUUGUCGGCGAAAACUCAUCCACUCCGGAAUGGAUGACUUAGAUUUUGGUAAGCCUUUUGUAAUUGUAAUGUAUUUGUCGUAGAGUCAAGUGGUAAGCUGUUAUUCGAGGGGUUCUUGCGUGUAUAAGUGCAUGUACGUUAAUCUCUCGGAUUCGAGAAAUUAAUUAUACGCUUAACGUAAUGAUAAUCAUGAUAAUAUCAUCCGAUUAAUAAUACUAACGAGAGAACGAGUAUCUCCUUAUUCAGUCUAGCUUACAAUAGAACUUAGAGUUAAUUUAUGUAGAUGUAAGUUGCGAUUACUAUUCGAUAACGAUAAAGUUGUUUCGCUCUUGCUUCAGUUUUCAUUCACUCUCGUUUUCAGCCAUCUAUAUGUUGUUUUUCAUACCUCGAAGAUUUUCUUUUCUCCUUUUUUUUUUUGGAUUUUUUGGUUCUUUUUUUUCUUUGUUUUCCUGCAGCUUGUGCUUGUUGCCGACAAGUAUCAACGUUCUAUCAAGAUUGUUGAUGAGCUGAUAAGCUCCCGUCAUUUAUUAUAGAGACUUCAAUUUCACAUGUAUCUAAAUAUACGUGUUACACGUGUAUAAUUAAUAUAUCCGUGGUUCAAUCUGUGUAAUUUUUAGUAUAUGGGUACACGGACAGUGAAAUACACGAGUACACGGGUAUCUUUAAUACACGUUCAAAACCAUCCUUACUUUAUAGAUGUCCAUUGUGCCCCUUGUUUUCCGCAAUUGGUGGGACGACUUCGAUCGUCCCGUUUCACGGCUAUUGGACCAGCACUUUGGCAUCGGCCUCCAUCGAGAUGAUCUCAUCUCGAGCCUCUCCGGACUUGGCCUCGAUCGGCCGUCCGUACGCUUCGGGAAUAGAUACUAUCGACCAUGGGGAAACGUGACGCGUCAAAACUCGAGCGGGACCAGUACGAUCCAGUUGGACAAUGAUAAUUUUCAGGUGAUACUGGACGUGCAACAAUUCUCACCGGACGAGAUCACGGUGAAGACGAUUGACAAUCACGUCGUUGUUGAGGCCAAGCAUGAGGAGAAGCAGGACGAGCACGGCUACAUCAGCAGACACUUCGUACGCAGAUACGUCCUGCCUCCGUCUCACGACCUCGUCAACAUCACCUCGACCCUCUCUUUGGAUGGUGUACUAACUGUCACGGCGCCCAAAAAGAACGUGACGCCGGCUGGCACGGAAAGAGUCAUCAGCGUUAUUCAAACGGGAAUACCAGCUGCCAAGCCGGUUCCCGUCGAAACAACUGCUACUACUACUACUACGACCGCCACUACCACCAACUGAAUUAUUGUCCGAAACUUUCAUUCCGACAUUCACUUCAUUCGUUUACUUUCUCGGUUCUAGUAAUGGUAAAACAAUUUUGUAGUAUGACACAAUUGUGCCACAUCUAAUAAU